AUGCCGAAUUGUCCAGGCUGCAAUAAACCUGUAUACUUCGCUGAGCGUGUCUCGUCGAUUGGAAAAGAUUGGCAUCGCCCGUGUUUGCGCUGUGAAAAUGAGAAUUGCCGAAAGACUCUAACAGCUGGUAAUCAUUCCGAGCGUCAAGGGAAGCCAUAUUGCAACCACUGUUACGGAGCACUUUUUGGACCGAAAGGUUAUGGACAUGGUGGUUCGGAGUCUCACACAUUUCACAAUGGUUUGACGGGAAAAGCAAAUUGA